CAUAAAAUGUCAAACCAGUUGUUGAAUUGAAUCGGCCGAAUGGUUUAAAUUGGUUUGUCAACCUUCCUACGGAACCCAAACUAAACGAGCAAAGGGGGCAGGCGGCGAAGCACGGAGAGGCCGCAGCUGCCUGAUUUGUAGAAGCGGGAAGAGGGCAACAGAGCUAGGCCUCAACCUCGAGGGAGCGAGUUGGCUACUCCUGCUGGCUGGUCGUAGAAACAAGCGAGAGAGUGAGGCACAAGGCUGACUGAAGCAGAAUAAUCCCCCAGAGAAAGCCGCUUCGGAGCUGUCGCGUGCUAACAGCCGUUUCCGAUCAUCGUUUCUGCCCUCCGAGAGAGUGCAACUUAAGAGGUUUGAUGGCUGGCGGCACAGAUGUUGCGACUACAACUACUCUGUCGUGUGCUCAAUGUGGCAAGCCUGCACAGCUGCAGUGCCCUAAGUGUGUGGAAUUAAAGCUUCCUCGCGAAGCUGCUUCAUUCUGCACACAGGAUUGUUUUAAGGCUUCAUGGAGCACUCAUAAAUCUGUUCAUCUGAAAGCGAAGCUGUCCUCCAUCGGCACAGGAACAGACGAUGUGAAGUCAAAUUUGCCUGAGGGUUGGCUAUAUUGCUUGAGGAAAGGGCAGGGUCGAACUUCCAAACUUCCUCAGUUUGAUUGGACAGGGGCGCUAAGGCCAUAUCCCAUUUCUCCUAAGCGUGCUAUACCUGCUCAUGUUGAACAACCAGAUUGGGCAUUAGAUGGCACCCCAAAAAUCGAACCCAAUAGUGAUCUUCAACAUGUUGUGGAGAUAAAAAAUCCAGAUCAAAUUCAGAGAAUGCGAGAAACUUGCCGAAUUGGAAGGGAGGUUUUGGAUGCAGCUGCAAGGAUAAUAGCUCCUGGUGUUACAACUGAUGAAAUUGAUCGAGUGGUCCAUGAGGCAACUAUUGCAGCUGGUGGAUACCCAUCUCCUCUGAACUAUCACUUCUUCCCGAAAUCAUGUUGCACGUCAGUUAAUGAGGUCAUCUGCCAUGGAAUUCCUGACGCUAGGUAUGCCCAUUCAUCUUCUAGUUUAAAGAGGUUAGAGGAUGGUGAUAUCGUGAACAUUGAUGUAACUGUGUACUACAAAGGUGUUCAUGGUGAUCUUAAUGAAACGUACUUUGUUGGAAAUGUUGAUGAAGAAUCUCGAAAGCUGGUCCAGUGCACUUAUGAAUGCUUGGAAAAAGCAAUCCAAAUUGUGAAACCUGGUGUGCGAUUUCGUGAAGUUGGAGAAGUUAUUAAUCGUCAUGCCACAAUGUCGGGUUUAUCUGUGGUGAAGUCAUAUUGUGGUCACGGUAUUGGGGAGCUUUUCCACUGUGCUCCAAACAUUCCCCACUAUGCAAGAAAUAAAGCAGUUGGUGUGAUGAAGGCUGGACAGACCUUCACCAUUGAACCGAUGAUUAAUGCAGGUGCUUGGCGAGAUCGGAUGUGGCCUGAUGGAUGGACUGCUGUGACUGCAGAUGGCAAACGCAGUGCUCAGUUUGAGCACACUCUGUUGGUGACAGAGACGGGAGUUGAAGUGCUCACUGCACGGCUUCCGACAUCCCCAAAAAUGUUCCCAUGGUUAAAUGAAUAAGAAUAAGUGGAUGAGCUGUACUGAGCGGCUGAUGGCGGUCUUGUAUCAUCCUGGCCGAAGUUUUGUAUUAAUAAAACUGGAGCUUUAGAUGAGUUUAUAAUUGGUGGACUACAUAAUGGUCAUUCAGUUUUGAGUUUAGGAGUCCAAAGGGGGCCUCAUGUUUGCCAAAUAAUGACUCCAUAGGGAAACAUAUACAGAUACUUACCCCGGCAAUUGGGGGUCCUAAACCUCGUCAGGUCUUUAUAUUAUCUCUCUGUAUCUGCAUUUGCAGUGAUGUUACUACUCUGUUCGUAUUUUGGAAUUCUCGAACCUCUUGGACAUUGUGUAAAUUCUGUCGGUCUGUGUUCGCUUCGUUUUCUCUGUGUUCCCAUUGAUUUUGGGUGCUUCUGUUGGUGGGAAAGGAUCACGGGCUGGCUCAGCCUUUGUUACUGAAUAUUAAUGGUCAUCGACUCAUCGGUUUGGUGCUCAA